AUGUUGGCAAUGCGAGAUGACAUUUAUCGAGCUAUGAAAAGAGGUGAAGUUACCAUAGCUGUUCUUGCCGACUUCUCCAAAGCAUUUGAUACUGUUUCAUAUUCGACCAUCUUGAGAAAACGUGACCGGCAAGGAUUCUCCAAAGAUUACCUCAA